CGCCCAGCUACCAGUCGAAGGACAUGGUGCUGCAUCAGACGACGGAGCACGAGUACCCGUACUCGUGGGAUGUAGUGUCCCGCGCGUUCUGGAACAAGUACCCGAACGCCACGCUGACGCACGUGGAGCGCGUGGAUGUGCUGUCGCGCUACAUGGACGCAGAUGGUCGCCUGCACACGGCCCGAUUGAUCAAGUGCACACAGAACAACAUGCCGUCCUGGGUAGUGAGCAUGAUGGGCAAGUUCUCGUACGUGUACGAAGAGACGAUCUGCAACCCCGUCGCCAAGACCCUCCACCUCAAGUCCACCAACUUGUCGUAUCGGUCAGUGGCCACAGUGCACGAGUCGUGCGUGUACAGACCCCACCCUGCAGGCGAAGGGGGCGCGUUGGCGCACACCAUGUACACCCAGGAUGCAGAAAUCAGUGCGUUCGUGCCGUUUGUGUCGCAGAAACUCGAAUCGUUCUCGGUGAGUCGCGGCGCCGAGACUGCCGCGCGCGGCCUCAGUGCCAUGGAAGCGCUGUGCAAGGAGAUCUUCCAUGGCCAGACAGCGUUCUGCGAGCCCGCCCCGUCCAAGUCCAACUCGACCAACUAAUCGACCCGACCAUAACGUAGUCGUCGCGACUCUGGGCCCGAUAUUUAUAAU